AUUUCCGUUGUUAACGCGCAGGCGCAGAGGAGGAAGACGCGAUCGAUCCGACUCGAGCCCUCCUCAUGACGCGGUAGCAGCAGACAGCUGGAUAAGACCUCAGUUUCUAGGUAAAAAUGGCUGUGGAAAAGCGCUUGGCAUUCUCUAUUGUGCAGUUCCUACGAGAUCAAACACAUUGUGGUACUUUAAAUUCUGAUGAGCAGGAAAGCCUCGAAGUUGCUAUACAGUGCUUGGAGACCACCUUCAAGAUCAGCUCCAGUGACUGUCAUCUUGCAGUGCCACAGUCACUUAGAGAGAUAUUCCUCAAUGCCCUGCUCAAGAAUGACAAUCUAACCAUACCAGAGAGCUCCCCAUCUCCUGAAGACAUCGAACGAGCAGAGCUGCUUAAGAAUGAAGGAAACAAUCACAUGAAGGAGGAGAACUACAGGAGUGCAGUGGAGUGCUACACAAAGGCCAUUGAUCUGGAUCUAAGAAAUGCUGUGUACUACUGCAACAGGGCUGCAGCUCACAGUAAGCUGGGGAAUUAUACCGAAGCAACUAGUGACUGUGAGAGAGCCAUCGGGAUUGAUCCGACCUACAGCAAAGCAUACGGGAGGAUGGGGUUGGCAUUGACAGCUAUGAACAAGUAUCCAGAGGCAAUUACCUACUUCAAGAAAGCUUUGGUAUUGGACCCCGAGAAUGACACGUACAAAUCCAACCUGAAAAUCGCAGAGCAGAAGCAGAAAGAAGCAACCAGCCCUAUAGCAGCUGGACUGGGAUUUGACAUGGCUAGUUUAAUCAACAACCCAGCCUUCAUCAGCAUGGCUGCCAGCGUGAUGCAGAACCAGCAGGUACAACAGCUCAUGUCAGGAAUGAUGUCUAAUGCAGUGGGAGGCCCUGCAGCAGGAGUAGGAGGGCUCUCAGACAUUUCCAGCUUGAUUGAAGCAGGACAACAGUUUGCCCAGCAGAUCCAGCAGCAGAACCCAGAGCUCAUUGAACAGCUGAGGAACCACAUCCGGAGCCGUUCCUUUAGCGGCAGCGCCGAGGAGCACUCAUGAUCUAGUCAGCCUCAUGAUUUUUUUGUUUUUCCAAGGAAGGGCAUCCAUAUGGCGCGAUCACAAUCUCUACACCCAUUUCUUAAAGUCAGGCCCCCGGCAUAGCUGGAAUAAAGAGACAAGGAUGGGGUUUUAGGCACUUUACUGUGACUAAAGGCUCUGGAGUGGAGAUAUGAGAGCCUGGAGAUUGGACCAUGAAGUGAAGCAUCUCACACAUUUAGGACAACACAUGUAAACACUAACCAUAAAAAAGAGCCACGAAUGCAUUCAGCCUACCGACAGAAUACGAGUAACUAUUUUCUUCAGAACUUCUUUCCGUCCUUCAGAGAUCAUGUUUUCUGUGUGCUGAAAUGACCGCCCUCUUCAUGUUGUGAUUUUAGGGGUUCCUUCUGUCAAGUCAUGAUAAAUGGAGGGUUUGAGAGGAAUGUACUUUUACAGCAUUGUGGAGAGCACUUCGGCUUUCCCUCAUAAUAAUACACAUCGGGUUUAUAUGAUUUGUUUAGUCUUAUUUUUGUAGACAGAAUGCACUGUACUUGUUUAUUGGGUGAUGAACACCGUUCGUUCCUGAGACUCACAUCAGUGGUUUUCAGUGAGUACUACUUAACUUAAUUAAGACAACAGUCUAAUUGUAUACCAGUGUUUGCUGCCUGCAUUAUGUUGUUACAGCACUUUAGCUAAAAUUAACAUCCUAACUUUAAGCCUAUUUAAUUUCUGAUUAACUACUUACAGCAUAUUCAUAUUGUUCAUUUUGCAUGCUGUUGAAUCUGGUAUUUGAGAUCAGAUGCUUUAUGGAAACACAGGUAUGCUAAGGCAGCACAUUGUUUUGUCAAACCAUAUAAAUAAUAAAUGUCUUGAAACGAAACU